UAGGAUGUCUUAGCUUUGUAGUUCUUGUGUUGGUGACCUGUCAGCGUUGUAGUACAAGCUGUCACUGCUAAUACACUAUCCAUCUUCUCGGUGGUCGCUUAAUGCUCGCAUCGAAGUAUUAAGAACCGCUUCUUUUGACGCUCAGGGAGUUUUUAUUCGUGUUAAUUAUGUCAGAUAAGUACCAUGCUAACGGCUUAAGCUAACUAACUUAGCCGCAUAACUUGACAGCUAGCUUUCGACAGAGGCCAGUGGUGUUUGCAAAGCUUGCUGGCAGGACGAGGUGUUGGAAUCCGCCCACCCCUUUAAAUCAGGGUUCCGGGACAAAAGAUUGAACGAUGGAGGCCCAGAGCUCUCACGAGAUGGUCAUGGCUAGGAAAAGAAGAAGAGAAGGCUCCAAUGGGGACACUGAAGAAGGGGAAAGACUUGGGAAAAUCCCUAGAUGUACCGGACUGAAAAACCCUGCACCUUUUGCAGACGAGCUGGAGCCGGCUGAUAAUAAACCCUAUGAGAGAGUCACCAUGGAAGAGGCAAAGAAGGGGACACCCCUCAACAGACCCGUGAGAGUCUAUGCAGAUGGCAUCUUUGAUGUUUUCCACUCGGGUCAUGCCAGAGCUCUGAUGCAGGCAAAACGUCUCUUCCCAAAUUCUCAUCUCAUUGUUGGAGUGUGCAGUGAUGAGCUCACACACAAAUACAAGGGCUUCACUGUGAUGAAUGAAGACGAGCGUUACGACGCCGUCAGACACUGCCGCUACGUGGAUGAAGUGGUGCGAAAUGCUCCCUGGACAUUAACGCCGGAGUUCCUUGCUAGGCAUCGGAUUGACUUUGUGGCCCACGAUGACAUCCCAUACAUAUCAGCAGGAAGUGAUGACGUGUACAAGCACAUUAAAGAAGCAGGCAUGUUUGCUCCCACCCAGCGGACAGAGGGCAUCUCCACCUCUGACAUCAUCACUCGCAUAGUGCGGGACUACGAUGUGUAUGUGAGACGCAACCUGCAGAGAGGUUACACAGCCAAAGAGCUCAACGUCAGCUUCAUCAAUGAGAAGAAGUACCACUUACAGGAGCGAGUGGAUAAGGUUAAGAGGAAAGUGCGUGACGUGGAGGAGAAGAGCAAAGAGUUUGUCCAGAAGGUGGAGGAGAAGAGUAUCGACCUCAUCCAGAAAUGGGAGGAGAAGUCCAGAGAGUUCAUCGGUAACUUCUUGCAGAUGUUCGGCCCUGAAGGAGCACUGAAGCACAUGCUGAAGGAAGGAAAAGGCCGCAUGCUGCAGGCCAUCAGCCCCAGGCAAAGCCCCGACAGCAGCCCCGUCCGAGAGGAGCGCUCGCCCUCCCCGACCUUCCGCCUGCCCUUCUUCUCCAAGACCUCCCCUCCUCCCUCACCUCCUCACCACAGCGGGGCCCGGGCUUACCUCAUCAGCGAGGACGACGACGAAGAGGGCGAAGACGACGACAACUAGAGCCGAGUCUUAUGAAUUCAAGUUAGCACUACCAGUGAACAGAGCUGUCAAGCUGUGUGGUCGUCAUGGAGAUCCUGGCUGCAGAUUUUUAUCGUGUUCAUGGAUUUUUCUUUUAGCACUUCAGCGUCAUGUUAGUUGGACAGCCAGGUCGUCCACAGCUCCUGUUUUUAACAACCUGUUUUCAUCUUCUUUCUUUUUCUGUUUCUGUGUAACGGUCAGUAAACUCCCAACUAGACCCCCACAUUCUUUCAAAUUGAGUUUAUGUGUUUGUCAGGUUUUAUGUUGGUAACUGGUCGCUCACUGUCACUUAGCAAUAUUUUCAGGUAUUAGCCUUGGUGCACUGCUCCAUCUGUGAUUGUAUUCUAAAGCUUGCCUCGUGGCACAGGGGGAGUUUAGGUAAUGGCUUUAGCAGCAGGGGGCGGGCGAUCUGGAGGGAGAGGGGCUCGCUGGUGUUUGCAGCAGAAGGUUCAUUUGUGCUGAGGAACCAUGUGAUAAAGCACUGUUUUAAUGAUCUGCUUGUGUGCUGCAGAUUUUUUUAUCCUCGUACUAACGUUUAAAUACGGUAUCUGAAACCAAUAACGGAUCUAAACUGAAUCUGAGAAUUAACAUCAACCAAGCAGCAGCAUUUCUGUGUGUUGAAGCUUCCUGUGUCCAUGUUACCUGCAUGGCAUUGUUUGUAUGUCAGCAUGUUUAAUGUCUCCUGACAGCAUCUGCUGAAAGACAGAUGUAGAAUUCAGCUUAUUUUCUGCUUAUAGUAUAAAAAAAAAAAAAAGUGCUUAUAAAUUUUAUGAUCUGCCAACGAGAAUCAGUCUUUGAAAGACUAGUUUAAAACUAGACGCCUCUAAGUGGCGUUGAUUAAUGGGUGACAAGUUUAAUCAUCUGUUUUUUUUUUUGUUUUUUUUUUUAGCUUUUUAUCAUUUAUUUUUCCCCCCUGAGCAGAGAAUCAAAGUAAGCAAUAGGUGACUUUUUUUCUGUCAUUUAAGAUGGACCUGACGAUCUGUGAGAAACUUUGAUACAACGCAAAGUAUUAGGUUUUGAAUUUGAAAAUACGCAGGUGUAGUACAAUUUAUUGGCAUGCUAGAGCUUGAGUCAUUGGCACAAAUAGUUUUAUUUUUGUGAUGGGACCUUCCUCGUUUGUAGCGAACUGGCAUGAUAAUCUGAAUAAAUGGAAAAUGGGGACUUCCACUGAAUCGGAUGUUUUGAUGGAUCGCUUUCUGUUAGCUACCUCCUUCCAACUGUUUGUGUUGUGGAUAAGCACAGUUUCCUCUCCUCUGGGCUGUCGUAAGACUUAAAUAUAUUGAAACCUUUUCUCCAAUGGAAAAACUUGUUUCUAAACAAGUGGUCUUUCUGUUAAGCAAUACUAUCAGAUGAUCAAUAAUAGUUAUUUCUCGUUUGGUUACAUAGAAGCAUGAUGGCGUAAACCAGCUGUGAAACCUUAAUGCUAUUGUGUGCAAACAUAAAUUUAAUGACUGACCUAAAAAAUUCCAGUUUAGUCUACAAAGAAUCCUGUCCGUUAAUCGGUGCUAAAUUGCUUAAAGAAAGGCUCGUCUUGAUUCUCUCUAGAUGUUACCUUUUUGAAUCAGUGUAAACAUCUCAGUUAGAGCAUGUCCACAUAACCUUAAGCCAAUAUCUUUCAAAAGUGGUUCUGAUUGUUACUUUUUGGGGUUUCAUUUUUGUCCCACUUCCUUGAUGUACAGGAGAAGUAAAUUGUAUUAAAACUUGUUGGCCAAAAACAUUGUCUUGU